AUGAGUGGACUGAUGAAUUCUCCAAUUAAUGAAGAAAUCAACUUAUUCUCAGAUGAAGAUCUGAACCUAAUUUCUUCGUUUACUACCCGGUCAAGUGACUUAAACCUGCCAUGCCCUAUUUGCAGAGAAAUUUUUGCACUUGAAGAAGUAUUGAGAGCCUUACCAAGAUGUGGGCACAUUUUUCAUGCAGCAUGUAUAGAUCCAUGGCUUAUGAGAAACAACCCAACAUGCCCAGUGUGUAGAAAUAAUAUAAGACAAAGUUUGACUAGUUUAGCAAGCUAA